CAAAGCUGGCUGCACUGGCCACAGCCUGCCUACUGUCAAAAGCUCUCCCGCUCGCGCAGACACACCCCCCCCCACCCCGCCUGUCCGCCACACAAAGACAGCAGGCUCGGGGUGACACUGGGGCAGCGCACCGGGAGCCCCGCUCCUCACGUCCAGGUACUUAUUCCAUGGAGCUGGUUCACUCAAGGAUCUAGGUCUUUCCUAACUCCAAAAAGAAGAGAAUUCUUUCAAGAAGAUCAGGAACCACUGAUUUGGAUUCUACUCUCAGCUUCCAAAUCCCCAGUUCUGCCUAAGAGUGAGAUACCCUAGGACCGUAGAACCCCGGGAACAUUCAGCCAAACCCACCUCCACCAUGGGGGUCGUGACUCGGCUGUUGGCAGGCAUCUUCCUAGCUCUGCUUGCCCUUCCUGCCGAAGGUGGCGUCCUCAAGAAAGUCAUCCGGCACAAGCGACAGAGUGGGCUGAAUGUCACCCUGCCAGAGGAGAACCAGCCGGUGGUGUUUAAUCAUGUCUACAACAUCAAGCUGCCUGUGGGGUCCCAGUGCUCGGUGGAUCUGGAAUCAGCCAGUGGCGAGAAAGACUUGGUCCCACUGUCAGAGCCCAGGGAAAGCUUCCAGGAGCACACGGUAGAUGGGGAAAACCAGAUCGUCUUCACACACCGCAUCAACAUCCCCCGCCGGGCCUGCGGUUGUGCCGCCGCUCCUGAUGUCAAGGAGCUUCUGAGCAGACUGGAGGAGCUGGAGAACCUGGUGUCUUCCCUGCGGGAGCAGUGCACCUUGGGAGCAGGCUGCUGUUUCCAGCCCGCCGAAGGCCGCCUGGACACCAAGCCCUUCUGCAGCGGCCGGGGCAACUUCAGCACUGAAGGCUGUGGCUGUGUGUGUGAACCGGGCUGGAAAGGCCCCAAUUGCUCUGAGCCUGAAUGUCCAGGCAACUGUCACCUGCGAGGCCAGUGCCUGGAUGGGCAGUGCGUGUGUGACAAGGGCUUCAUGGGGGACGACUGCGGCCAGCUGGCCUGUCCCAGCGACUGCAAUGACCAGGGCAAGUGCAUGAACGGGACCUGCGUCUGCUUCGAAGGCUACUCGGGGGUGGACUGCGGCCAGGAGCCCUGCCCGGUGCCCUGCAGCGAGGAGCACGGCCGCUGCGUGGACGGCCGCUGUGUGUGCCAGGACGGCUUCGCCGGCGAGGACUGCAACGAGCCCCUGUGUCUGCACAACUGCCACGGCCGCGGGCGCUGCGUGGAGAACGAGUGCGUGUGCGAUGAGGGCUUCACGGGCGACGACUGCGGCGAGCUCAUCUGCCCCAACGACUGCUUCGACCGCGGCCGCUGCGUCAACGGCACCUGCUACUGCGACGAGGGCUUCGUGGGUGAGGACUGCGGCCAGCUCGCCUGCCCCCACGCCUGCCACGGCCGCGGCCGCUGCGACGAGGGCCAGUGCGUGUGCGACGAGGGCUUCGCGGGUGCAGACUGCAGUGAGAAGCGCUGUCCCUCUGACUGCCAUGACCGCGGCCGCUGCCUGGACGGGCACUGCGAGUGCGACGACGGCUUCACGGGCGCGGACUGCGGCGAGCUCCGGUGUCCCCGCGACUGCAGCGGCCACGGCCGCUGCGUCAACGGGCAGUGCGUGUGCGACGAGGGUCGCACCGGGGAGGACUGCGGGCAGCUGCGGUGCCCCAACGACUGUCACGGCCGCGGGCGCUGCGAGCAGGGGCGCUGCGAGUGCGAACUCGGCUUCCAGGGCUAUGACUGUGGCGAGAUGAGCUGCCCCCAUGACUGUCACCAGCACGGCCGCUGCGUGAACGGCAUGUGUGUCUGUGACGACGCCUACAUGGGUGAGGACUGCCGCGAGCUGCGCUGCCCCCGGGACUGCAGCCAGCGGGGCCGCUGCGUGGACGGGCGGUGCGUGUGCGAGGACGGCUUCGCCGGCCCCGACUGCGCAGACCUCUCCUGUCCCGGCGACUGCCACGGCCGGGGCCGCUGCGUGGACGGCCAGUGCGUGUGCCACGAGGGCUUCACGGGCAAGGACUGCGGGCAGCGCAGGUGUCCCGACGACUGUCACGGCCAGGGCCGCUGCGUGGACGGCCAGUGCGUGUGCCACGAGGGCUUCACUGGGCUGGACUGCGGGCAGCGCUCCUGCCCCAACGACUGCAGCAACUGGGGGCAGUGCGUCUCCGGCCGCUGCAUCUGCAAUGAGGGCUACACCGGGGAAGACUGCUCGCAGGUGUCCCCUCCCAAAGACCUCAUCGUGACAGAAGUGACGGAAGAGACCAUAAACCUGGCCUGGGAAAAUGAGAUGCGGGUCACAGAGUACCUCAUCGUGUACACGCCCACCCAUGAAGACGGCCUAGAAAUGCAGUUCCGCGUCCCUGGAGACCAGACGUCCACCACCAUCCAGGAGUUGGAGCCUGGCGUGGAGUACCUUAUCCGCGUGUUCGCUAUCCUGGAGAACAAGAAGAGCAUUCCUGUCAGCGCCAGGGUGGCCACUUACCUGCCUACACCUGAAGGUCUAAAAUUCAAGUCCAUCAGGGAGACAUCUGUGGAAGUGGAGUGGGAUCCUCUGGACAUCGCUUUUGAAACGUGGGAGGUCAUCUUCCGGAAUAUGAAUAAAGAAGAUGAGGGAGAGAUCACCAAAAGCCUGCGGAGGCCGGAGACCACGUACCAGCAAACUGGCCUAGCUCCCGGGCAAGAGUAUGAGAUAUCUCUGCACAUCGUGAAAAACAAUACCCGGGGCCCAGGCCUGAAGAGGGUGACAACCACCCGCUUGGACGCCCCCAGCCAGAUCGAAGUGAAAGACGUUACGGACACCACCGCUCUGAUCACCUGGUCCAAGCCCCUGGCCGAGAUCGACAGCAUUGAGCUCACAUACGGGAUCAAAGAUGUGCCAGGCGACCGAACCAGCAUCGACCUCACACACGAGGAGAACCAGUACUCCAUCGGGAGCCUGAAGCCAGACACAGACUACGAGGUUUCCCUCAUCUCCCGCAGGGCCGACAUGUCUAGCAUCCCAGCCAGAGAGACCUUCACAACAGGCCUGGAUGCGCCCAGAAAUCUCCGCCGCAUUUCCCAGACAGAAAACAGCAUCACCCUGGAGUGGAGGAACGUCAAGGCAGCCGCCGACAGUUACAGAAUUAAGUACGCACCCAUCUCUGGAGGUGACCAUGCCGAGGUAGAAGUCCCCAGGAGCCAACAAACCACAACCAAAACUACACUCACAGGUCUGAGGCCAGGAACUGAAUAUGGUAUUGGAGUGUCUGCCGUGAAGGGGGACAAGGAGAGCGACCCAACCACCAUCAAUGCGGCCACAGACCUGGACGCGCCCAAGGACCUUCAGGUUUCUGAACCUACGGAGACCAGCGUGACCCUGCGCUGGCAGAUGCCGCUGGCCAAGUUUGACCGUUACCGCCUCAACUACAGUCUUCCCUCGGGCCAGCCAGUGGAGGUGCAGCUCCCCAGAGGCACCACCUCCUACAUCCUGAAAGGCCUGGAACCUGGGCAGGAAUACACCAUCCUCCUCACAGCAGAGAAGGGCAGGCACAAGAGCAAGCCGGCACGGGUACACGCAUCCACAGACCACGCCCCUGAAAUCGAAAACCUCACCGUGACCAAGUCUGGCUGGGAUGGCCUCAAACUCAACUGGACCACAGCUGACCAGGCCUUUGAGCACUUUGUCAUUCAGGUGCAGGAGGCCAACGGGGUGGAGGCGGCUCAGAACCUCACGGCGCCCGGCAGCCUGCGGGCUGUGGACGUCCAGGGCCUCAAGGCCGCCACCCCUUAUACAGUCACCAUCUACGGGGUGAUCCGGGGCUAUAGGACACCAGUGCUCUCUGCUGAGGCCUCCACAGGAGAAGCUCCCCGUUUGGGAGAGGUCACGGUGUCCGAGGUGGGCUGGGAUGCCCUCAAACUCCACUGGACGGCUCCGGAAGGAGCCUACGAGCAGUUUCUCAUUCAGGUGCAGGAAACUGACACAGACGAGGCAGCCCAAAACCUCACUGUCCCGGGAGGACUGAGGUCCGUGGACCUGCCUGGGCUCAAGGCAGCCACUCACUAUAGCGUCACCAUCCGCGGGGUGACUCGGGACUUCAGCACAACCCCUCUCUCUGUUGAAGUCUUGACAGAGGAGGUUCCAGAUCUGGGGAACCUCACGGUGACUGAGGUUAGCUGGGAUGCCCUCAGACUGGACUGGACCAGCCCAGAUGGGAUCUAUGAGCAGUUUGUCAUUGAGAUCCGGGAGGCUGACCUGGCCCAAGAAGCUCGCAGUCUCACGGUUCCUGGCAGCCUGUGCUCCGCGGAAAUCCCAGGCCUCAGGGCUGGUACCCUUUAUACAAUCACCCUGCGUGGCAAGGUCAGGGGCCGCAGCACUCAACCCCUUGCUGUGGAGGUCAUCACAGCGGAGCUCCCCAAGCUGGGACACUUAGUCGUGACCGAGGCUGGCUGGGAUGGCCUCAAACUCAACUGGACCACAGCUGACCAGGCCUUUGAGCACUUUGUCAUUCAGGUGCAGGAGGCCAACAGGGUGGAGGCGGCUCAGAACCUCACGGCGCCCGGCAGCCUGCGGGCUGUGGACGUCCAGGGCCUCAAGGCCGCCACCCCUUAUACAGUCACCAUCUACGGUGAUCGGGGCUAUAGGACACCAGUGCUCUCUGCUGAGGCCUCCACAGCCGGAGAACCUGAACUCGGAAACUUAAAUGUUUCCGACAUCACUCCUGAGGGCUUCAAUCUCUCCUGGACAGCUACCGAUGGGGCCUAGACCUUUACCAUUGAAAUUAUUGUCAAUAGGUUCCUGGAAACGAUGGAAUAUAACAUCUCUGGUGCUGAACGAACUGCUCACAUCUCAGGGCUUCCGCCCUAAUAAUCGUUUUAUGUCUACCUCUCUGACGUCACUCCCAGCAAUCGGAUCAAAACCAUCAGUACCACGGCCACCACAGAGGCCUUGCCCCUUCUGGAAAACCUAACCAUUUCCGACAUUAAUCCCUACGGGUUCACAGUUUCCUGGACGGCAUCGGAGAAUGCCUUUGACAGCUUCCUAGUAACGGUGGUGGAUUCUGGGAAGCUGCUGGACCCCCAGGAAUUCACACUUUCAGGAACCCAGAGGAAGCUGGAGCUUAGAGGCCUCAUAACCGGCAUUGGCUAUGAGGUCAUGGUCUCUGGCUUCACCCAAGGGCACCAAACCAAGCCCUUGAGGGCUGAGAUUGUUACAGAAGCCGAGCCGGAAGUUGACAACCUUCUGGUUUCAGAUGCCACCCCAGACGGUUUCCGUCUGUCCUGGACAGCUGAUGAAGGGGUCUUCGACAGCUUUGUUCUCAAAAUCAGAGAUACCAAAAAGCAGUCUGAACCACUGGAAAUAACCCUACUUGCCCCCGAACGUACCAGGGACAUAACAGGUCUCAGAGAGGCCACUGAAUAUGAAAUUGAACUCUAUGGAAUAAGCAGUGGAAGGCGAUCCCAGCCAGUCAGUGCUAUAGCAACAACAGCCAUGGGCUCCCCGAAGGAAAUCGUUUUCUCAGACGUCACUGAAAACUCAGCCACUGUCAGCUGGAAGGCACCCACUACCCAGGUGGAGAGCUUCCGGGUUACAUCUGUACCCACUGCAGGAGGUACACCCUCAGUGGUAACUGUGGAUGGGACCAAGACUCAGACCAGGCUGCUGAGACUCUUACCUGGAGUGGAGUACCUUGUCAGCGUCAUCGCCCUGAAGGGCUUUGAAGAAAGCGAGCCUGUCUCGGGGACGCUCACCACAGCUCUGGAUGGCCCCAUCUGUCUGGUGACAGCCAAAAUCACCGACUCAGAAGCCUUGGCAUGUGCAGCCGGCCAUCGCCCCUGUGGACAAUUAAUGUCAAUCUCCUACACAGGGGAGAGAGAGCCAGAAAUUACCCGCACGGUGUCCGGGAACACAGUGGAGUAUGCGCUGACCAACCUCAAGCCUGCCACGGAAUACACGCUGAGGAUCUUUGCAGAGAAAGGGCCCCAGAAGAGCUCAAUUAUCACCACCAAGUUCAUGACAGACCUCGAUUCUCCAAGAGACUUCACUGCUACUGAUGUUCAGUCGGAAACUGCCGUUCUCACCUGGAGACCUCCCCGGGCAUCUGUCACUGGUUACCUAUUGGUGUUGAACGUGGACGGUACAAUCAAGGAAGUUGUUGUGGAUCCAGACACCACCUCUUAUAGCCUGGCAGAGCUGAGCCCAUCCACCCACUACAUGGCCAAGAUCCAGGCACUGAACGGGCCCCUGAGAAGCAAGAUCAUCAAGACCACCUUCACCACAACUGGAGUCCUGUACCCAUUCCCCAGGGACUGCUCCCAAACCAUGCUGAAUGGAGACACGACCUCUGGCGUCUACACCAUUUAUCUGAACAACGACAAGACCCAGAAGCAGGAAGUCUUCUGUGACAUGACCUCUGACGGGGGUGGAUGGAUCGUGUUCCUGAGACGCAAAAAUGGACGUGAGGAUUUCUAUCGAAACUGGAAGGCCUACACUGCUGGAUUUGGGGACCUAAAAGAAGAAUUCUGGCUUGGGCUGGACACCCUGAACAAAAUCACAGCCCAAGGGCAGUAUGAGCUCCGGGUGGACCUGCGGGACCACGGGCAGUCAGCCUACGCCGUCUACGACAAGUUCAGCGUGGGAGACGCCCGGACUCGCUACCGGCUGAAGGUGGAGGGGUACAGCGGGACGGCAGGUGACUCCAUGGCCUACCACAACGGCAGAUCCUUCUCCACCUUUGACAAGGACACAGACUCGGCCAUCACCAACUGUGCCCUGUCCUACAAGGGGGCUUUCUGGUACAAGAACUGCCACCGCGUCAACCUGAUGGGGAGAUACGGGGACAGGAGCCACAGCCAGGGUGUUAACUGGUUCCACUGGAAGGGCCACGAGUAUUCAAUCCAGUUUGCUGAGAUGAAGCUGAGACCCAGCAACUUCCGAAACCUUGAAGGCAGGCGCAAACGGGCAUAAAUUCUGGGGACAACUGGGGGAGAGAAGAGUAGGGCCCAGAGAACGAAAAUAAGAUUACCAAAGCAUCAAUGUGAGCAGUCUGGCCAUUAAGCCACACCUGGGCACCUGGCAGGAGCUAAAGUUGACCAUGGAUCACCCAGGCCGGCGGCAGCAGCGCUGGCCUCACCCACUCUGCGAUGACUUCCUUCACACCAAAGACCACAGUGUCCAACAGGUUUCCAUUUCGUUGUUUGAUUCAGCAAAAGUCUUCCAGUGACAGCAUGACAAUGAUUUUCCUUCUCUUGGGUGGCUCUGGGAAUGAGAGCGGGGUAGGCUGUACAGUGGUAGUUUGUUUUAGAACCAGCUGUAUUUUACACAAAGCUGUAUAAUUAAUUAUCAUUAUUUUUGUUAGCAGUGAUUCAAUGUGUGUCUUGAAGCCGUCCCUUUUUUUACAUUUCAGAAAAGCAAUACUGUUUCGAUUUUUAAGGAUAUGAUUAAUAUUAUUAAUAUAAUAAUGAUGAUGUAAACUAAGGAUUUUUAAAGAGAUCUUCCUUUCCAAAACACAUCUGGAAAGUACCUGAUUGUAUUAUUUUCUUUGUUUAAUAAAAGCACAAGUACUUUUAAA